CGUCCCCUUGGCCCUUAAUGGCCACUCUCGCAAAUGUAAACAAUGCAACUAGAACUUGAAUUCAUAGGGUGAAGUGACAAUAGGCUACUGCAUGCAGUUGGGAAGUGUUUACCUUGAAAGUGGCAUGUAUGCCAACGGUAAUGGGGAGCGGGGGAUGAAUGUUUGUGCAAGCCAAACCUCCUUUUGUGUCCAUGGGGAGAGCUCCAGUGUAAUACCUGGCAUGUAGGCCACCUGAUACAGCACAGAACAGGCACGCAUCCCCAACAAAGAGGACGCUUAAGAACUGCAGAGGAAUGCUGCAACCAGAGCUUCUGUCGUGUGACCAUGACCGGGACGCGGAGAAAUCAGGCCGCUGCGCUCUGUGCGCGGAGACCGACGGCGGUGCUCUGCAAGAACCGCGCCUCUGGACCUACUACCACAAGCCCAUCAUAGUGAUUAUAAUCGGGGGACUAAUGUUAGGUGCUGGCGCUAUCAUCUCACUGCUCGACUCGUUCGCGGUAAUCGAGCUGCCCCCUGCUAUCGGGGCGACAUGCUUCUCCAUCGGACUGAUCUUCGUGGUCCUGGGCAUGGUGUGGGUGCCUAUCAUCAAGGACAAACUCAGGCGCAAAGGGCAGCUAAUGCGCAGGGGGUCCGAAGAUGACAUGUGAUGUGCUAGACGGAUUAGACAUUCGCUACUGCAAUCCCUCUUUAAAUUUGUUUCUUUUAAACCACUUUUCAUCACUAGUUUCUAAGCUAUAACUGUGUGUAAAUUAAGUUAUGGAUAUUUCUAAGCACCUUAACCAUUCUGAGAUAGGCCUACUUAAUUAUGGGUCAAAUUGACCCGCAUUGCGCAUAGAUCUUAUGGAUGCCCCGGAUCCUAAGU